GCACGUCCGAGCUGAGUCGUCGGGCUCAUUGCUGCCAAUCCACUCAGAAAGUCCAGCAACCAUGGACACUUAAGAAGACUGAAGAACCAUAUUCUUAUAGUUAUAUUACUGAGCUGAAAACAUGAACCACUUAAAAGAUAAAAAGCCUAGUAGGCCUGAUAUUCAGGAGAUAUUAUCUAGAAUGAAAAAUCGAUUUAGCAAUGAAGGAGAUACAGAUGAUGAUGAUGACUUAGAAAAUGGAGAAAAUAUGGUGACAACAAGUGUGGUUGAAACUUCUAUAAAAGAAGAAUUUUCCGUAGCAAAAAGCCCCGACGAUGAGAUUGCAGAGCUWAUGCUUAAGCUGAAUGGACAAGUAGAUGAAGAAUUAGUAGCUAGUAUCAGAUCUAGAAAGAAAAUGUAUGAAAACCAGUCAGAAGUCGAUAGUACGUCAACUACAAAUAAUUCUGAUGGAAUCGAGCAGGAAAAACCUAGAAUCAUCUUGACAUUGAGGCCUAAUGAGAAUAAACCUGAUUCUUAUGUGAGUUCUAGCAAUCUUACUGAUUACAGUUCUAAUAGCCCGAAAAGAAAAAAACAAAUCAAUGUUGUUAGCACUGAAGUUAUACCUCUCAAAAGGUCUUCUAGAAGAUCUAACAACAGUAAUCAAUCAGUGUUGAAAUCUGCUAUUGCUCGAAAAGAGAGAACAUUUAGCAUUGAUGUAAAUUCAAAAAAAAAAUCUCCCAAGAAAAUAAAAAUAAAACAAGAAGAAGUUGUAAAUAAAGCUAAUGUUAUUCCCAUUAGUAUUCAAUCACCUAUUGAGAAUGAAAAUGAGGAUAUUAAAGAUGUACCGAUCAAAGAGGAAGUAAAUGAAGAAAUUAUUACAGACCACAAAAAGAAGAAAAAGAAGUUCUUUAGAGGUGGAAGAUAUAAUAUUUUUAAAAAAAAAACUGUACAAAAAGAACGGCAAAAAAUUAAGAAAGCUAUUAGUAAUCAAUUAAACUCUGAUCUAGUAAAUUUUGAUAUAGAUUCGUCGGAAACUAAUUCAGAAAGACAUUCCAUCUCAGUUUGUAGCGAUAUAGGCACAUUGAUGUCUAGUGAAAGAAAUGACCAGGAUGAUAUGGAUACCAGUAUCUCAACCAUUGAUACAGAAGAUAAAAUAAAUGACAAUAGUCUUGAUAUACAAGAAGUUAAUUUAUGUUUGUGUCAAGAACAUAUUCAAGUGGUUAUGGUUGAUGAAGGAAAAAUUACUUGUAAAGCUCAUGACUGCUUAGAUGGAAAAGUUUACGCAUGUCAAAAUUUAGCUUCUCAUUUAGAUGAAUAUGGCAACAUGCCCAUGUUAAGAGCAAAUGUUGUUCUACCUUAUGUGACAUACUGCCAACAUCAUAUGAGGCGAUUUUUCUUACACCACAGUUGUCCACGUUGUGGUCGGUUUUGCUCAGAGGGCAUAUUUAUGAUGUGCAAAAAUAAACAUUUUUUCCACAUUGGUUGCCAUCAAAAUGAUAGGGGCUGUCUACACUGUGGCGACCCAAAUGUUUACGAUUUUGAACUGAAAAGACUUGUAGUUAAAUCCAAGAAACAAAUCCAGCAUCAUGAAKAGUUUACACAACAUGUUACUGUGGAAGUGGGCAAUAUAAAAUUAAGUACACUUAAUUGUCCACCAGAAAUUGAUAUACAUGAAUUUUCUAAAUAUUUGCAACAACUUAAGGACGAAGUUUCUGAUACCAAACGUACAAAGUAAGCUAUUAAAAAUAUUUUUACUACAAUAGAUGUUAUUAAUUAG